UCUCUCCCAAGCACUGGACACAAUGGAUGAAGAAACUGGAACCGCUCUAAGAAAAUGAUUUCCCAGCCAAUGUUCUUAAAGAGUCUGAGAGAAGAGAAGGAGCAAGAACGAGCGGGGAACGCUUCUGCUGCAUCACUGCUCAAAUCCAAGGGAAAGGAGUCAGCGUUUCCAGCACAGCCAAAUAUUAUGGAUGAUUUUUUUUCUUCUGUCGGCUUUCCACACAGGUUUUCUUAACAUUUUUCUUUCCCCCCUCCUCUUCCCCAUAUAUUUUUUUAAAAUUUUAUUUAAUCAGCGCCUGUGUCUGAUGUCGGUUUCUCUCCAAGAGCCAGUUUUCCUUGUUUGUUGUGAUCUCUGUAAUAAAAAGAGGGAGAAAUCGUGAACAGAUGGCUUUCUAUAUUACCAUGCCGCUGGCAUUGUUUUCCUGUUGAUUUUAAAAGCUCGGUCCGGAGCUCCUUUUUUUUUUUUCCUUUUUCCUUUUUUUUUAAAUUAUUUUUUUUCCCUUUUAUUUUUAUUUUUUUUCCCUCCCCCUCCCAAGUUCUUGAUGAUACUGAGACAUGAGGACCUAUCGGGUUUAGCCUGUUUAUUUCUCGGCGCCUAUGGAGGUAACUUUAUUGACUUGAUCGCUCUCUUCCCGACCCGAGAGGAGCACGCCGGAGCCCCGGGGGGGGCCCGGCAGCCCCGCGCCCGCCCGGGCUCUGUCCGCCGCCUCCCCUCCCUCCCUCCCCCGGUAAUUCAUCAGCCGCCCCGGCCAUGAAAAUGCUCCUGGUCCGCAAGUUCCGGGUGCUGAUCCUGAUGGUGUUCCUCGUCGCCUGCACCAUGCACAUCAUGAUCGACCUGCUGCCGCGCCUGGAGCGCCGGGGCCCCGAGGGCCGCCCGGGCUGCUCCUGCCCGCCGCCCGCCGCCGCACCGCCCCGCGCCGCCGCGCCGCGCUGGCCCAGCAAGCACACGCUGCGGAUCCUGCAGGACUUCAGCGCCGAGCCGGCCUCCAACCUCUCGUCGCAGUCGCGGGAAGCGGCGGAGCGGGCGGCGGGCGGCGGGGCGGGCGGCGGAGCGGGCGGCGGGGGCGCGGCGGCGGCGGCGGGGAGGGCGCGGCGCUUGAUCGGCCCCGGGGCACCGCGCCCGCCGCCCCCCGCCGGCAACGCCGCCCCGCUGGCCGCGCUCUUCGAGCACCCGCUGUACCGCGCCGCCCUGCCCCCGCUGGCCGACGGCGACCUCCUCUUCAAUGUCAACAGCGACAUCAGGUUCAACCCGCGGGCGGCCGAGCAGCCCGAGUGGUGAGUGCCCGGGGAGGGGGGCAAGGAUGCGGGGCCGGGCGGGCGGGAAUUUUUGCCAACUGGAGAAACCUCCAUAGACUCCUAUCCAAACUGGUUAAAAUUCCACAUUGGCAUUAAUCGGUACGAGUUGUAUUCCAGACAUAACCCUGCAAUUGAGGCUUUACUACAAGACCUUGUCUCCCAAAAGAUAACCAGUGUUGCAAUGAAAUCAGGAGGCACCCAGCUGAAGCUGAUCAUGACAUUCCAGAACUACGGACAAGCACUGUUUAAACCAAUGAAGCAAACCAGAGAACAAGAAACCCCACCUGACUUUUUUUACUUCUCAGACUAUGAGAGACAUAAUGCAGAAAUAGCAGCAUUUCAUCUGGACAGGAUCCUGGAUUUCCGGCGCGUGCCCCCGGUUGCAGGUAGACUGGUGAACAUGACGAGAGAAAUUCGGGAUGUUACUCGUGACAAGAAGCUGUGGAGAACAUUUUUCAUCUCACCAGCCAACAACAUCUGCUUCUAUGGGGAAUGCUCCUACUACUGCUCAACAGAGCAUGCCCUGUGUGGGAAACCAGAUCAGAUCGAAGGGUCUCUGGCUGCUUUCCUGCCUGAUUUGUCAUUAGCAAAAAGGAAAACCUGGAGAAACCCUUGGAGGCGUUCCUACCACAAGCGCAAGAAAGCAGAAUGGGAAGUUGAUCCAGAUUAUUGUGAAGAGGUUAAACAAACACCCCCAUAUGACAGUGGGACCAGAAUUCUGGAUAUAAUGGAUAUGACAGUUUUUGAUUUCCUAAUGGGUAACAUGGAUCGACAUCACUAUGAAACCUUUGAGAAGUUUGGAAAUGAAACUUUUAUUAUCCACUUAGAUAAUGGAAGAGGGUUUGGAAAAUAUUCCCAUGAUGAACUUUCCAUAUUGGUGCCUUUAAACCAGUGCUGCAGAAUCAGGAAGUCUACCUAUCUGCGAUUACAGCUGUUAGCCAAGGAGGAAUACAAACUCAGUCUCCUGAUGAAAGAAUCUUUGCUAAAAGAUAAAAUAGCCCCAAUCCUCUACCAGCCCCACUUGGAGGCCAUGGACAGGCGGCUGCGGAUUGUGCUCAAGGCUGUCAGUGACUGCAUAGAGAAGGAUGGUUAUGACAAUGUGGUUGAAAAUGACUUUAACACGGAUGCUAACACUGUUACAACCGAGAGGUAG